AAGGAUACGUCACAGGUCAGAGUUGAAACUGUACUAGAAACAACAUGGAGGUAGAGGAGAGACGGAGGAGCGGAAGCUCCGAUAAAACCUCCAAAAAAGGAGGGAAACGCGUCAAAGCACUGACCGCUGAACAAGAGGCAAGAAGGAGGGAGAUAGUGAAGGAGAAGUUAAGGGAGAAGUUGGAGCUAGAAAAAAGAGCCCUGAAGAUAGUGGAGCGUCUCCUGGAGGACAGUGUGGCUGAGGACUUCCUGGUUGACUGUGCGAAGUUCAUUGUUUCUGCUAAUUAUAAAGAUGCUGUAGAGGAGAGAUCCAUUGCUAAAAUGUGUGGUUAUCCCAUCUGCUCAAAUAAACUGGGGAAGAUCCCAACUCAACAGUUUAGGAUUUGUACAAAGACCAAUAAGGUGUACGACAUCACAGAACGCAAGUGUUACUGUAGUAACUUCUGCUACAAUGCCUCCAAAGAGUUCGAGCUGCAAAUAUCGAAGACACCUCUGUGGCUCAGGCAGCAUGAGAGUCCUCCAGAAAUUAAACUGAUGAAGAAAGGAGAUGGCGGGAGUUCUGGUGAGGAGGUGCUGCUGUCGGAGAGACGUCUCCAAGAAGACGACAUCGAGAACCCACUGGCUGCUCACCCCGACGACCCCCACAGCUCUCAGCAGGGUCCUGCUGGAGGCGGCCACAGUGAAAGCAGCGACAUUGAACAAGAGCAGGACUUUGUCUCCAGCGUGGUCUCCCAGCAGCAGGGACCCAGGGUGCACUGGGGGGACCUGCCGAAACGUACAGACGAAGACAAGAAAGGUGAGCGAGGGAAGAUGGGGAGGCGAAAGAAACAGAGGAGAGAGGGAGGUGAAGAGGAGGUUGAGGGUCAGAGUCAGGGCGCAGAGAGGGGGGAGGAGUCACUUUCAUGUAAAACAGAAGCUGGAACUGAUGAUGAGAAACGGCUGCACUCAUUCAACACAAUUCAAGACAAACCUAAUGGAGAGCAGGUGACAGAGGAGAGAGGCCUGCCUGAUGCACCCAGUGUGGACGAGGCUGCAGCUCAGUUGAAUUUGUGCACUUUAUCUGAGACAGUUGCUCAAACUGCUCCCCCGCCUGUUGACUCAACGUCCACACAAGCAGAAAGCACAAAUCUACUCACUUCUCCACCAUGUGAAGACUCAAACAGCCCAACAGAAAGCAAACAUCUCCUUUCUUCAACCCUGAUCAACACGAAUCAGGACGACCACGACAUGGCACUGACCAACCAGCCAGGCCUCAAUAUCACCCAGGUGGGUAUGAGCAAGAGAGGGGCGGCAGGGCUACGAGAUCUGCUCAAGAAAAACACUGCUGAAGCAAAACCCGCCUCCAUCCGGCUGAAUCUCCUCGAGUGCCUGAGAAGAACGUUAAAGGACUGGAGCACAGACGAGACUCUGAAGUUCCUGUACGGCGCUGACCAUUCUCUCGGCUCGCCUUACGCUGAUGUUAAAGAAGACAAAGAGGUGGAGGUGAAAGAGGAGGAGCUGGAUGAAGACGACCUUGAGGAUGAGGUGACCGAAGAGGAUGCAGAAGGCGUUGAUGCUGAGGUGCAGAAAAGACCAUCUGCCGCAGCGCCAGACUACAGGACACUGCGGACGGAGACCCAGCAGCUGGAGCUGAGAGUCAAGGAGUUUUAUAAGGGGACCUGGAUUGUACCUGAGGAGGUAGAGGAGCCGCAUGGAGACAAGGUGACAGUCCAGGACCAGAGCACGAAGGACCCAGCUCUGCCGCUCGUUGACUCUCAUGCUCAGCACCUCAUUCAGAAACGAAUCACAGUGGAGAAGCUCACCAGCUGUCUCAAAAACGUUGUCGGCCCUCUGCGUCUCGCCAUGAGUGACAUCUCCACUGACCUGAACAACCUGGUCCGGACAUUCAGGUUCACCAACACAAACAUCACCCACAAAACUCCAGAGUGGACCCUGAUAGCUGUCGUGCUUCUUCAUCUGUUGGCGGAGGUGUCUCCAGUUGUGCGAGAAGCGUUGGAGACGCGAGCAUCAGUGGAGUAUUUGAACACACUGAUGGAGGAGCUCGGUCUACAGGAGCAGGACCUUCUGAACUUAGUCCAGCUGUUUAAAACCCCGACACACUGACACACACACAGACACACACACAGAUGGACAUAUGAACAGUAAAUAUACAUAAAUAAAGAAACGUUUGUUUGCCACAAAUAAAAUUGGUUGCGAUAACUUUUAAAGCCAAA